UUCACUGUAACAAAUCCAGAGUGAUACUCUGCAGACAUCUCUAUUUGCUGAGCUUCCCCCAGCAUGAAGAACAUUUUGUGUCUCUGCGCUGCUGCUGUGCCAUGGCUUCUCUUCCACUUUGCAACCAGAGCGUUUUGCCUCAGGAUUAACUGUAUGUGGGGGUCUUAUGGCAGCUGGUCAGAGUGUGAUCCCUGCACCAAGUUACAGACCAGGAGCCGAGCCAUGGUCGUGUACGCUCAGUUUGGUGGGAACCCCUGCAGUGGCAUGCGGUCUGAAAGCAGGCCUUGUGAAACGACACAGGGUUGCCCCUUAGAUGAUGGGUGUAGAGACCGUUUCCGCUGCCGAUCUGGCAAGUGUAUUAGCAAAUCUCUGGUGUGUAAUGGAGACCAAGACUGCGAGGAAGAUGGGCUUGAUGAGAAUGGCUGCACCAACCGAAAUUUUGUUACGUGUGAACACACAAUGACCCCUCCUAAUGUUAAUCUGGUGGGUCUUGGGUUUGAUGUUGUCACUGGAAAGCGAAGAGGCAGUGUUAUCAAUACAAGGAGCUUUGGGGGCCAGUGUCGAACCAUCUUUAGUGGCGUCCACAAGAAUUUCUAUCGACUGCCUCUCAGCACCAUUCAGUACAAUUUCUUGGUUAAGGUGCAGAAUGACUUCAGUGACGAGAUGUUCAGCAGUAAGUGGCAUUACGCCAAGGAUGUUGUCAACCGAGAAACGGUGACUGGGACCACGAAAGGAUAUAGUAACUAUGACUUUCAUGAGACACACGACACAUCUCAGUACCACAGGCUUCUAGUGUUAAAGAACGACAUAGAAGUGGUACAGUUCCAGAGCAACUCCCCACAGUACAUCCCAAUUGCAGAGGAAUUCUGGAAGGCCUUGGCCAAACUUCCAUCUGUCUAUGACUACACCGCUUACAGGAAGGUUUUAGAGAGGUUCGGCACUCACUAUGUGUCUCAGGGAACCCUGGGGGGCUUCUUGAAAAUCAUCAUGUCCAUUGAUUCGGAAAGUGAAAAAUACCUGGCUGUUGAAUCAAAGAAGUUUCAUGAAUGUGAGAAGAAGGUUCGCUUUAUCCUAAUAUUCCCCCUCAUAAUAACGAAGUGUAAAAAAGGGGACAAAACAACGAUAACACCCCGAGGUUAUUCUACCAACAAUGUAGUGGCAAAAGUGGAUGUGGAAGGAGGAGGCCUUUCCCACUCCGCUGCGCUGCAGAGGAUGCAGCUUGAUGAUGCAAGCAAGAACUGGGAAAUGUACUCAAACUGGGCUGAUUCCAUCAGAUCUUUUCCAAAAAUCAUAAAACAAAAGCUGCGGCCGCUGUCAGAGCUGGUGAAGGACGUUCAGUGUGCUGGAGUGAAGAAGCUGUACCUGCGCAGAGCCAUAGAACAAUACCGUGCAGAAAAUGACCCGUGCCACUGCCAGCCCUGCAGAAACAAUGGCAUAGCCGUCAUGGAUGGUGAUGAGUGCAAAUGCAUCUGUAAGCCUGGCACAUCAGGGGUGGCUUGUGAGCAGGGAACGGAGGUUGAGGGGCAGCAAGGAGUGAUCCACGGGAGUUGGACUUGCUGGUCUGCUUGGUCAACGUGCUCCAGGGGUCAAAGGUCUCGAAGUCGCCGUUGCCAAAACCCUGCACCCCAGAACGGUGGACAGCACUGCAUCGGUGACACGGUUGAGAUGUCUUCCUGUGAUGAAGAAGACCUGGAAUACCUGAAGACCAUGGAGCCUCAGUGCUUUGACAAUACUCUGCCACCAAGUCAGAAGUGUGAAACUCCCCCAGCUCUGAUCAAUGGGUUUAUUAUGAAUCCAAAGGAUGUUUACCUUGUGGGGGGUAGAGUUGAAUACAGCUGCAUUGCAGGUUUCCAUGUACUUGGAAACAGCAUCCUGGAAUGCAGUGUUGACCAAACCUGGUCUCCAAGCCUUGGCCAGUGCACAGCUUCAUCUUGCAAACUGAAAUUUCUCAAUGAGGAGGUUCUAGCUUCUCCUCUGAAGCCAUCUUAUGACAUCGGUGAGGCUGUCACUUUGUCUUGUCCGGUGGGCAGAACUUUACAGGGAGAAGACAGAAUCCUUUGCGACUCCAGUUUGAAUUUUUCCCCAGAUCCUGCUGAAAUUACAUGCAGCCAAGAAGAAACCCCACCUUCGCCCAUCACUCCCACAGUGAGCUGUGAGGCAUGGGAGAAACCCUCCAGAGACAAAUGCAUUUGCAGAAUCCCUCACGAAUGCAGUCCGUCUCUGGACAUCUGUGGCACACUUCCAGGAAGUGGAAAACUCAUCCCAAUGACUGUGUGCAAAAUGCAUGCCCUCAAGUGUAAUAAGAAGAACUUUGAAAUAGCAGAGUACAGCGAUUGUGUGUGGCCUCAGCGUAACACACUCAACUGCAGCUCCUGCCACAUGUGGGAGAAGUGUGAUGAUACAACCAGCAGCUGUCGCUGUAAGGAGCUUGCAGAAUGUUUGAACUCUGGCAUAAACGUGUGUGUCCGUGUUGGUGAGGAUGACACUGCGUCCACACAGACCAUGAGUGAAUGUGAAGCAGGAGUUCGACGAUGUAAUGGAGAAAAAGUGUCUGUUGUCAGUAUCCUGCCCUGCGCUUCCUGAGGAUUCAGAGGAGGAACUGACUGACAACCAUGUUUCAUUUCCUUUAUAAUCCAUGUGCCACCAUGUACCAUUUUCUAAAGGCACUUACACAUGCAUGUAUCCUUAUAGAUAUAGGAGGCAAUAAAACUCAGCAAGUAUCUAAAGAUGA